UCGGAAGGCGCCGGAUCCUCUUUCGGGUCCUGCUUCCAAGAUGACCAAGAAAAGGAGGAAUAAUGGUCGUGCCAAGAAGGGCCGCGGCCACGUGCAGCCCAUUCGCUGCACCAACUGCGCCCGCUGCGUGCCCAAGGACAAGGCCAUCAAGAAGUUCGUCAUCCGGAACAUCGUGGAGGCCGCGGCCGUCAGGGACAUCUCGGAGGCCAGCGUGUUCGACGCCUAUGUGCUUCCCAAGCUGUAUGUGAAACUGCAUUAUUGCGUGAGUUGUGCUAUUCACAGCAAGGUGGUCAGGAAUCGUUCUCGUGAAGCUCGGAAGGAUAGAACACCCCCACCCCGAUUUAGGCCUGCGGGUGCUGCCCCACGACCUCCUCCAAAGCCCAUGUAAAGAAGCUAGAGUAAAGCCAUGUAACGACUGAAGGACAACUCUGUGGAGAAAUAAAAUGGAAAUUGUACCUUACAUAGCAUGUUUGAGUGUGUCUGUUGCUAGAUAGAGUGGGGUUUUGUCUGUCAUAGGGACUGUACUUUUCUUUUCCUAGGAUUUAUUUAUGGUGCCCCUCCCUGGUGGUGCAGCAGGUUGAGCACAGCUUUGUGAAGUUGUCCUCAGCCUCUGCAGUGUGGGUUCAAUUCCCACUUUAUGUCCACAUGGCGGCAGACCUCUCAUGUUAUACCUGCUGCUCCCCUCAGCAGUGUUCUUGGUCUGUCUGCCUGUUCUGCUCCCCAUUCUGUCUCUGGUGAAUCCUCUCACCCUCCCACACCUCUGCCCUGUAUCCCAGUGCUUGUAUAAAUAAAUAAAUCU